AUGCUUUUGGCGACGUUGGAGGCAAUCAGAGUGCUGGAGCUGGAGGAAUCCAUUGAGCAUUGGAUCAAGGUCAGCUUCGCGACAGUGCAUGCGAGUUUCGGUGCCUUCAGUGAUGUCCGAAGCAAGGUCUUCGCAAAUCGAGGAGCGACGCUUGCCCAUGUGGCUACUCGAAGGCCACCACACGCGUUCAACUUUCUUCGUCAGAUCAAGAUCUUGCAGAAGACCGGAGCAAACGGGGGCAAACAGCAUUUCCAGGACUCAUAUGAGAUUGAGGUUGGCUUUGUGCAGGACUGGGAGCAGGCAGCUGGAGUGGCAAAAGCCUUCAAGCUGGGAAAGCUCGAAGCUGAAGCUGUGAGCCAGCUUCAAACCAAUAUCCCGAAGCACGUAGUGGACAAUCUAGCCAAUGCUGUUCGCAUUCGUGGGCUUACAAAGCUGAUCACACAUGAACUGAUUGCCAAAGAGGUUUUCUCCUCGAAUUGGUCUUCUGGAAUUGGGCAGUUAGAGAGCUGGAAAGAGGAAUUGAGGAACGAUCCAGACCACAAGCUUGUCACCUGA